AUGGUGGACGGGUCCGCUUGGGGUAAAGUCUCUGUGUGUACAGACAUCAUGCCACAUUUUGAUUCCUGUAAUCGCGUGCAAGGCCGCAGAAAUAACCCCAUCCCCUGCUCCAACACAAACGACAUCAACCUGCCAGAGAUUGAAGUUUUCGAAGCCGUGCCUAGAGGUCCAGCACCCACUGACGUUCUCAGUGUGAAAAAUGUGAAAAUGUACGAGGACAUGAACAAAGUGGCCCACCACACGGACAAGUACAACAACAGCAGCUUGAUCGUGCGUCGGGGGCAGGAGUUCAUCAUGGGCAUUGUAUUCAGUCGUCCAUUUAAUCCUCAAAAUGACACGGUCAACAUUGAGUUCAUGAUUGGCAGUAACCCCAAUAGUCUCCAAGGAACCUUAAUCACUGUGAGUCUUGGUGGGGAUUCCCAGAUGUUCAACUGGAAAGGCCGUGUGGUGGAUACCAACUGGACUGAGACCAUAGUGGGUAUCACUCCAUCCUCAGACUGCAUCAUUGGCCUGUUCAGCACCUUCAUAACAGUUAUAACCCCUACAAUGAAACAACGCACCAAAAGAAACCCCAAAACAGACUUCUACAUCCUCUUCAAUCCCUGGGCCCCCUCCGAUCAGGUUUACAUGGCCAAUGAGAAUGAGCGGGCAGAGUAUGUGCUGAACGACACAGGGGUCAUCUACAAUGGAGUGAUCGAUAAAAUAACCAGUCGACCUUGGAACUAUGGACAGUUUAAGCUUGGAGUUCUGGACGCUUGCCUCUUUGUUUUGGAUUUUGGGAGAAUGCCCCUCCAGUUCAGAGGAAAUGCUAUAAAACUGGUUCGGCAGGCCUCAGGAAUGAUUAACUCCCAGGAUGACAAUGGUGUUCUGGUGGGUAACUGGAGUGGAAACCUUUCCCUUGGUACUGCGCCCUCAGCCUGGACAGGCAGUGCAGAGAUCCUGCUCAGUUACGCCUCUAAGGGCGGUGUGCCUGUGAAGUUUGCUCAGUGCUGGGUGUACGCUGGCACACUCAACACCUUCCUCCGCUGUCUUGGAGUGCCUGCAAGGAUCAUCACCAACUACUGCUCUGCUCAUGACAACAUGGGUGACCUGAAGACUGAUAUUGUGCUGGACGAGGAUGGGAGAAUGGACACGAACUACACAACAGACUCUAUCUGGAACUUUCACUGCUGGAAUGAGGUGUUUUUGAAGAGGUCUGAUUUACCUCCAAUUUAUUCAGGCUGGCAAGUGGUGGAUUCUACUCCUCAGGAGACCAGUGAUGGCUACUACCGCUGCGGUCCUACAUCUGUCAGAGCCGUCAAAGAGGGAAUGCUGGGCUAUCAGUUUGAUGCACCCUUCGUGUUUGCUGAGGUUAAUAGUGACGUGGUCUUCCAUAAACGAGACAAGUACGGAAACAUGACAGUUAUCGCUUCAAACACCACCUACGUGGGACAGCUGAUUGUGACCAAAAGUAUUGGUUCCAAUAUGGCUGAGGACGUAACAGAAAAUUACAAAUAUCCUGAGGGCAGUCCUGAAGAUAAGCUUGCCAUGGAACAGGCAGAAUCUCGAGGCAUGAACAGAUACCAACUGGCACUGCCGGCCACUGAUGUCCAGCUGCAGCUCUGGGCCAGCCAAAUCAACCAGGGCAAAGACAUCAGCGUGACCAUAUACAUCAACAACCUGAGCAAGGAGCAGCGGACUGUCCAACUCGGCCUGACCUGCAAAGUGGACUAUUACACCGGGGCCACAAGGUCCAUCUUCAAGACUUUCACCAAAACCUUGGAUCUGCUGCCUUUUCAGGCCAAGCAGGAGACCUUCACCGUGGCAGGUGUGGAGUACAAGGCCUUGGUCGAAGGCAAGCCUUUCUUGUCCUUUGUUGCGUAUGGAUUAAUUAAGAACACAGGCAUUUCCAUCACCGCAAUGUCCGUGCUUCAUCUGGAUGCCCCUCCACUUUACAUUGAGGUGAGUGGAGCCUCUCAGGUCGGAGCAGACCUUUAUGUGACAGUGAAAUUCACCAACACUGUUGGCUAUGAUCUGAACGACGUGACCCUACGGAUGGAAGGAUCAGGCCUCAUGCCUCUGAAAACUAAAGAAUACAGUCGGAUCGCUCCGGGUUCUUCAGUGAAGUGGAUGGAGUCGUUCACCCCUCAGUUGGCUGGGAAAAAGAAGCUGGUGGCCUGCCUGGACUGCACUGCUAUCAGAGAUGUGUGUGGCCAGCUGGACGUCGAUAUAAAUCCUGAAAAUGGAGGAACUGACUGAGCAAACAGUAUAGGAGAGAGAGAGAGAGAGAGAUCUUUACCAAAUGCUUUUCCUUCUUUUUGCUUUGCUAAUGUGAUUUUAAAGUACAAAUCCCACUUCUGAAAAAAUGUAAAAUGCAAUAAUAACAAGAAUCUGUGAUUUGCUAAU